AUGGAUUGCGUAUCAUUAGCCAAGCGACUAGCAGCAAAGAGGGCAAGCUCAAAUGCACCAAUUUCCCCAGUUAAACAUAGAUUAAGUGUUGAUGCUCCUCCAUUACCAACAAAAAGAGAAAAUCGUACUCCUUCAAAGGAAAACAUCCCAGAUAAUCCUAUUUUCUUAUCCGAUACAAAAGGAGUUUUAUCAGAUUCAAACUCAGAUUAUUAUCAUUACGUACCACCGAUCGAAAGAAUUUUUGAAGAUGCUAACCUUCAUAGAUAUUUCAAGAGAUUUUUAGCCGAAAGGAAAUUGGAAAGUGUUCUAGAUUUCCUUGAAAAUGCGCGCAACUACAAAAAACAAUUCCCUUCAGUUCCGGCACAACAAAUCAAAAAACACCGUGCUGUUGUUGAACAGCUUGGCAGAAUCCCAGCUUCAUUCUUGAAGUCUGCUUCUAAGGGUUCACACAAAAUGUCAUCAGUUACAGCAGAAUCAUUCGAUGAUACAAUUUUCUAUAUCCUUGAAGAAUUGAAUGAGAAGGAGUAUCAUUCUUUUUCAAAUUCUGUUCUUUUUACAAAAUGGGUUUUGAAAUACCACAAUUGCGGUAAGUAA